AUGCCAAACGUUGCCCUUUAUUCAUUCAGUCCCAUACUAACAACAAACACUAGUUCAUUAGCCCCUAUGGCUACUUCAAAACAAGCACAAUUACAACAUAUAUACGAUGACUAUUACCGCGCCCUAAAGGACCACGAAACCACCCAGUGCUUCCUAAGGGAUCAACACAAUAUCCGAAAAGAAACCAAGGUGAAAUUUCUCAAGACUGAAAACGACGUCCAGUCGCUAUCAACCGUUGGCCCUAAAGAAGUCCUAAAGAAGUUGGACGACGAGAAAUUUAUAGUGAAGAACAGCCAGGGACCAAGAUACGUUGUUGGAUGCAAGGCGUAUAUUGAUAGGUCUCUUAUCGUUUCUAGCAGCAGAGUGGCCUUGGACCUGACAACUCUGACCAUAAUGAAAAUUCUUCCGAGGGAGGUGGACCCAACUGUCAAUUCCAUGACGGAAGAAUCGCCUGGGGACAUAAGUUUUGAGAAGGUCGGAGGACUGAAAAACGAAAUUAGAGAACUAAAGGAGGUGAUCGAGUUGCAAAUUAAAAAUCCCGAAAUAUUUAAAAGAGUGGGCAUUAGGGCUCCAAAGGGGUACACCGGGAACAGGAAAAACCCUGCUAGCCAGGGCAGUUGCAACUACUUUGGGCGUAAAUUUAUUGAAGGUCGUUUCCUCUACCUUGAUUGA